AUGAGGUAUAGGCGGAAGCCCGACGAAGCAGCGAAAGAAUGCGCAGAUGAUGAGGAUGCGCAGCUCGAUUUCGUCCACGACGGACUCACCUAUAGAUUGGCCGACGAGCACGAAGCAUCUGAACGUACGGGCGUCACGCACCUCGUACACGCGUGGCACAUGCAAGGCCACCACACGACGGAGGUUGUUUUACCAUCAGCUGAUAUGAUGCGGAACGCGCAAGUCGCGCAAGCUGUGCAGUGGUACUUAGCGUACACUCGGCCGCUCGCCCUGACCUUGCAGGAAAUGUUCAAAGUAUCAUGGCCGGAAUACUAUCAAAAGUACCGAGCAGCCUUCGAAGCCGGUGUAUGGGUCGAGGACGAUCCCGGACCAUGGCUUGGGAGGGCAAUCGUAUGGAAAUUGCAAGUUCUUCCGCAUCGCGACGGUCUCGACGGCGGGCCUACCGCUAUAUUUCCUCUUGGCCAUUUCACUGGCGGCGAAUGCUAUUUGCCGGACUUGCAUAUUAAACUUCAAUAUCGUCCAGGAGAUGUCUUGAUUUUUUUGUCGGGCGAUUUAUAUCAUGGAGUGGGCGAUUGGAAACCAAUUUCGGGAAUUUCUACGCAAGGUAUCACGCCAGGACGUGUCGGGAACGUCUUUUUCACCCCGGCGGAUUCACUGCAUGCCCUGAAGGAUAAACCUCCCCGGUGGUCCAAGAGGACCGCCGGCGGAGCUCUCCCUUCCUCACGUUGA